AUGGGGAUGAGUCCGGCAGUGUUGAAGGCGGGGCUGGUGAUAGUUGGGGUCUGCAUAGCCGGGUACAUAGUGGGCCCACCUCUCUACUGGCACUUCAUGGAGGGCUUAGCUGCCGUCUCCCACUCUUCAUCUUCUUCUUCCUUAUCUUCUUGCCCUCCUUGCACCUGUGAUUGCUCUUCUCAGCCUCUCCUCUCCAUCCCCAUUGGACUCAGCAACAUUUCAUUUGCAGAUUGUGCAAAGCAUGAUCCAGAGGUGAGUGAGGACACCGAGAAAAAUUUUGUGGAUCUUUUGACUGAAGAGUUGAAGCUUCGGGAAGCUGAAGCUUUAGAAAAUCAACAACGAGCUGAUAUGGCUCUGCUGGAGGCUAAGAAGAUUGCAUCCCAGUAUCAGAAGGAAGCAGACAAGUGCAAUUCAGGGAUGGAAACAUGUGAAGAAGCAAGGGAGAAAGCUGAAGCAACAUUAGAGGCACAGAGGAAACUGACAGCAACAUGGGAGCUUAGGGCUCGUCAAAGAGGAUGGAAAGAAGGGGUUACAAAGUCUAAUACUCAGACGCAAGGAAACGUUCAGACUGUGUAG